GACGUAGGAGUAUAGAUUGCCAAUGCAAGCGCGGCUCAGACUCAGUCCUCCAGCAAACUCCAUCGAGGACUUGUUGAUCUUGGGAACACCUAGAAGCACCUUCUUCGAACCUAUCGAGAAUCACCGGUCAACCUAAGUCAAGGUUUAAACUGACAAUUUCAAUUUUAACCACUCGUACGUGAUCCGACAUCCCUGCUACAUAAACGAAGAUGUACACAUGCGUUGCAUUGGCCGUCGUCGCUCUGGCGGGCUCGAUGCACCUUGGCGUCGAGGCAUGGGGUGGUCUCUUUAAUCGUUUCAGUCCCGAGAUGCUGUCGAAUCUUGGUUACGGUGCUCAUGGCGACUACAUGAGCAGAACAGGAUUAUAUCAGCGGCCAUUAUCUGCUUCCUAUGGAAACGCUUACGGAGAUUCUUUGGAAGACGACCCGUACGUGCCAUGCGAUCAGAGACAGUGUACAGCCAACGAACAUUGUUGUCCAGGUUCUAUUUGCAUUAACGUCGACGGAGUGGAAGGCCAUUGCGUGUUCCAACUUGGACAAAAACAGGGCGAGCUAUGCAGAAGGGACAACGACUGCGAGACUGGUUUAAUGUGUGCCGAGAUACCCGGCAGUGAGACUCGUUCGUGUCAACCACCGGUGACAUCCAACAAGCUAUACAACGAGGAGUGCAACAUGUCUGGCGAAUGUGACAUCAGCCGUGGCUUGUGUUGUCAGCUUCAAAGACGUCAUCGACAAACAGCCAGAAAGGUUUGUUCGUACUUCAAGGAUCCACUGGUGUGCAUCGGACCGGUGGCAACGGAUCAGAUCAAGUCCGUUGUGCAGUACACUUCCGGUGAGAAGCGGAUCACUGGACAGGGAAACCGAAUCUUCAAACGGGUCCCAUUCGCCUAAAAUCUCGAUCGUUCCUCGAUACCCAGUGAAAGUGGAAGGAGUGUCUAUGCGAAUCAAAUCUAUCUUACAUGUAAUUACUGCAGAAAAGCCUAGUAUGUAAGUCUGUCAGUUAUAAAUUCUCUCGAUUCGUUCGACGUUCCCGAUCCACGCCUGCCGACGAUGAUGAUUCGCGUAAUAUAAUAGCGAACAUCGCCGAAGCUAGCAGGAAGAUUCGGGAAGAACGUAAACGCGCCUUCCAAAUCGCUUCUCUCCUAACACUAUGACUGAAAAAUACGAUACAUAUCAGAAUAUCCCGUCUCGUAGAAUCGUAAGGUAAAGAUACAUAUCAAUGAGGAGAAUUAUGGGGCGCGUUUCCAAAAACUAUGCUAAUUAUCGACGAGCAACGUGUUCAGGGUACUUAAAACUUUCGUUCUUUCGACUCUUCUGUUUGUCAUAAAUAAAGAUUAGAAUUUAAAUAGCAGUCGAGUAGAUAGGACGCGAACUAUGAGUACAAUAGUCCUAGUAAGGGGUGACGUUACUUCAGUAAGUACGGUUAAAAUAUAUUAAUUUACUCCUAAGUUAACAUUCAGUGGAAUAAUAGUCCUAGGUAUCAAAGGAUUUCAUUAAUUCUUUGUUCAAACAUUUUUUUGCAUUUGAAACAACGACUGAGAGAGAGAGAGAGAGAGAGAGAGAGAGAGAGAGAGAGAGAGAGAGAGAGAGAGAGAAAGUGUGUAACAUUUCUUCUUGCGUUAGGUUUAUUUACUUUGCCCUCUGCACAAGCAAAACUGAUACUAUUUUCAGCGAUUGUUGAACUGACGAUUUCGAGAGAUCCGCGAAUCGAGUUUCCUGAAUUUAUUCGUAAGAUGUCUCCUUGAACUACUCAACGCACACAGAGGAAAACUAUAUACAUAAUAUACAUAUUCAUUCUCCUGAUUCUCGAAAAGAGAUCAGACCAAUCCUUCAGAUAUCAGUGGUAAAGGAAUACUUUUGGGGAAGAAAUAUUUCAUCGAUGUGACAUAAAAACUACGGCAUCAACGUUCUCGAUCUAACCGAUCAUUUGAAACUUACGAAAACGAAACAACACUUCGUCGGUGUCUACAAGAGUAAUUUACUUAUUGCAUUGUUUCGUCGUUAAGUCGUGUAUUGGAAUUCGAAGACAAAUGUAUCGUAAUCGAUACGCGUCCAGAAGAUUCGAAAAUAUACAUAUCAAGUCAGCGUUGCUUCGCGUAGCCUAUAUUCCAAAUUCUUAGAGUUAUGUGCGUAGACUAUUCGCCAGAAUGACUCAUUUAUGUGUGAACAUUGCUCUAUUAAGAAUUAAAUCGCGGGAAUCGCUCUAUUGAAUAUUGAAACCUCGGAGGUCGCUUCGUUAAAUGUUAUUAAAAUCGUAGAAUUAAAUGUAACGUUAUUAAAGAAACACAUAAAUACGUAUAUAUGUACUUAUAUGUCUGUGAAAAUUGUUACUUUAAAUAUAUAUAUGAUAUAUACACAUUAAAAGUAACAUGUAUCCAUACACACAUAUGUGUAUGUACGUAUGUUACUUUUAGUAUAUCUGAAGACGACACCGAUAACUUUGGGAUUCGUAAUAGUAAAUGUUUAUUGUAAUUGUGGUUUUAAAUGAAUGCAUUCUAUGCGUACACGGCGAAGGAACGUGCUACAAUCACGAUCAUAGUCGUGGAGUUAUGGAACGGGAACGAAGCAAAUGUUACGAUUGUUAUAAUUCAGAAAUCGCGGUGUUUACGUCGAAACACUGUUUGCAAAACAUUUUCUGAUGCGUCAAGUACCUGUUGCAAAAUCUGGACAAACCCCUCGUUUCUACGCCACUGAUGCUAGGCAAAUCGAGAGAGUCCAAACACACAAACAAAUAAUAAAAAAAAAAAAAACAAAAACAUAAAAAAUAACGUAUUUCUAGUUACACGAGAAUAUUAUACUUCCAACGUUGACCUUUAUAGUAUAAGAGAACUCUAAACAUAUCAUGUGAAUGCCUAAUCCAUUAAGAGAGUUUGUGAAUGUUAUUAUACGAGAUAUAUAUCUUACUGAAAUUAUAUUUUUAUCUUCGACCGAUAUGUAUACUUAAACGUUAUAUAUUUACAUAGUAUUCAUAUAUUUUCCGGAGGCGUAUAUCUAUAACGUAAUUUAACUACCCUCCGAUGCGUCGUGCGUACGUAAUGUAAGCAAAGAUAAUCAAAGUACUUCGUUGGAUUGAUUCGAGCCUUUGUUCAGAUUAAACGACUUUCAUCCCAAUAUUCAAUUAUCAAUUGUAAUAAGUGAAUUAUUAACGAUUGUAUAAAUGUAAGUUUUAAUCCAGGUCCCCUUGUGCAAACGUUUUGUCUUUCUCUGUUUACUUAAUUAUUUAAUCGUUCAGUAAUCGCUAAUUGUGGAUGAAGAUUAUAUUACGAAUUGGGACUAAUACAUAUCACGUAACUAGGAAAUUCCUUCUUUUGACAGGAAAAUUUGGAAAACCUUUCUCUUUCGCGUGUUAUUUUAACGUACGACACAUUGGGGGACUAUGGCCACUUCAGGCUCGAGUCAAAAGUACCUCUAUCGAAUGAAUUCCAACACGAUUAUAUGUGUAUAACUAUGUAUAUGUACUGUUCAAAAUUAUAAUGCAGAGUUUAAUGUGAAAUACAUUGUGGGUGCAUACAAAA